AUGGAAACUAAAUGGUUUAUAAUAGCUUUGAUUGCAUUUUUGUUGGUACUUCCCAACUUUGUAUAUCCCUAUAGAAAGAGUGUCAAAAUAACAAAUGAAGAACAGAAAAUUAAUAUUUAUCAAUUAGAUCAUAUAGAGAAUCAAAAUGUAGAACACCCUAUAACUUUUAUCGACUCUGUCCAAAAAUCGAUGGUUUCAUCGAGUAGUAGUUCUUCAUCAUCCUCAUCAUCCUCAUCCUCAUCCUCAUCUUCCUCUUCCUCAUCGUCUUCAAGUAGUUCAUCUUCAUCCUCUAGUAGCUCAUCCUCAUCAUCAUCAUCCAGCAGCAGUAGUUCUUCAUCUUCAUCAAGUAGUUCAUCAUCGUCGAGUAGUAGUUCUUCGUCAUCUUCAUCAUCAAGCAGCAGCAGUAGCUCGUCUUCAUCCUCGAGUAGCGGAUGUUGA